AUGACGCCACCGCCGCGCAGAGGGCGCUCUGCUGGUGACGUCACUGCCGUGCGCCGCCGGGGGAGCGGCAGCCGCCAUGUCUCGGGCCGGGCCCGGGCGGCCGGAGCUGGGACCGGGACCGGGACCGGGAUCGAGGCUGGCGGCGGCGAGGCGGCGGGAGAGCGGCGGAGGAGGCGGCGGAGCGGCCCAGGCGGGGGCCCCGAGCCCUCGGGCAGGACAGAGGGGACAGCGGAGCAGAAACACCCCCACGGCUUCGUUGUGCCCAGGGUGUCAGUGGCAGCAGGCAGAGGGGAUGGAGCUGUGCAGACCCCCCCCCUGCUGGGGCAGGAGGAGCAGCUGGAUCUGCUGGAACGUUUGGAUUCUGUCCUGGGAAACAUCUCCCAGCUGAGGAAGGAGGUGGAGGAGCUGAGGAACAGUCUGCAGAGCUUGGCUGCUGAGAUUGUUGAGGGGCUCAGGUCCCAGCUGGAGGAGAGCCAGCGGGUGGCUCCCCGCAGGAGGUUUCCCUUCCCCAGGGAGAGGAGGGAUUCCACUGCCUCCAGCUCCAUCUACUUCACUGCCAGCUCAGGAGCUGCCAACACAGAUGAUGGGGAGAGUGAAGGAGGCUACACCACAGCCAACGCUGAGUCUGACUACGACAGGGAGGAGUCUGAGAGAGAGAGUGAGGCAGGGGAGGAUGAGGAGGGCUGUGAGGCACUGAGAGACGAGUGCCUGGGCCUCCCCCACCAGGAGGAAACACAUUUACCCUCAGAUUCCUCUCUGGAGGAAGGGCUGGGACAGCUCCUGCAGCAGGCUGACCACCUGCACCACGGGGACCAGCAGGAGAAGAGAGAAGGGUUCCAGCUGCUCCUGAAUAACAAACUGGUGUAUGCUGACCAGAAGGAUUUCCUCUGGCGCCUGGCCCGAGCCCACAGUGACAUGUGUGACAUGGCUGAGGACAUGGAUGAGAAGAGAUCCUAUGCCUCUGAUGGCAAAGAAGAGCUGGAAGCUGCCUUGCAGAAAUGGGAUCAGAGUGCUGAGUGCCACCAGUGGUAUGCUGUGCUGUGUGGGCAGCUCUCAGAGCACCAGAGCAUCCAGAAGCGCAUCCAGGCUGCCCACGUCUUCAAGGAACACGUGGAUAAAGCCAUUGAGCUGAAACCAGAGGAUCCACAGCUCUAUUAUCUGCUGGGCAGGUGGUGUUACCAGGUUUCCCAUCUGGGAUGGCUGGAAAAGAAAACUGCUUCUGCUUUGUUUGAAACCCCCCCAACAGCCACUGUCCAGGAUGCUCUGCACAACUUCUUGCAGGUGGAGGAACUGAGCCCAGGCUUUUCCAAAGCAGGCAGAGUGUACAUUGCCAAGUGUUACAGGGACCUGGGGAACAGCUCUGCAGCUGCCCUCUGGAUGAAUCUUGCUUCAGAGCUGCCAGUGAAUACAAAAGAGGAUGCAGAAAGUGAGAGAGAACUGGAGGAGCUGCGGGCAGCACAGGUGGAGUGAGGGAGCCAGGGGAUGCUGCAGGGACAGAAGAGUUCCAGAGUUCCAGCCCAAAAGGACCCUGAGAGCCUGGACAUGGCUGAGCCACCCGAGUUCACAGGGAAGAGAAACCAGGGAGCACACCCAGGAGGAGGCCUUGGUGGGACUGACUGGGAUGAACUUUGGGAUUAAUUUCCUUCUCAGUGCACUGAGUACAUUUGAUUUUAGAAUGUCAAAUCCCUCAGAAGAGGUGUGGGGAUGUGCAGGUAGAAUUUGUGAUACAGAGCUAUUUGUGGUUUUUCUAUGUGUGUAUCACAGAUGUGUGUGAGGCCUGUGCUUUGUGAUACAAAAUACAUACAUCUUUAUGUAUAAACUGAUAUUUUCUAUCACAAACUCUACCCUCAGGCCUGCUGCUGCUGCUGACUCACUCAGCUGAUGCCAAAAUGUUUUUCAGACUCAAUUAAUUGUGUUCUCUUUUCCUUAGUGCCCUGCACUGAUCCAGGCUGGAGGGAGGGGGCAGAUGCUGAGCCUGGUGGUCCCUGUGCUGCUGAUGCUCCCCAGCUCUGGGGUCUCCUCAGCCUCUUGCAUUCCAGUGGGCACUGAGGCUUCAGGAAAGGCAAAUGCAGGGAAAAAAGAAGAAAAGGCAGAAAACAAGGACUUAAAACAGUGAGGUGUCAGCCCCUCCCUUCCUCACUGGGACAGAUCUGGUGAUGGUGUCCAAAACACCCUUGCUGGUCCUUCCCAGUGAAGCCUGAACAACCUUACUGGUUUCUGCUGGGAGCUCCCUGGGGUGAGUCCCUGCCAGGGACCAGGGGCCAUUCCAUCACCCCCCAAACUCUGGUUUUCAGAGGUGCUUUUGUCACACAAGUGACUGACAAGGUUCUCAGCUUCUGGAUUCUCAGUGUUUCAGUCCCUUCAGCUCCCUGCAACCUGUGCAGGGCAGGGGUUGGUUAACUCCUCAGUUACCAGAGAGGAAUAAUCUGUGCCAAAGCUGAUUCCCUGUAACGUGGCACCAAGAGGGUGCAGCUGACCCAGGGGGGGACAACAAAUGUGGUCAGAAAUCCCCCCAGAUCUUUAUCAGUGUCCCUGAGCCCCCAGCUCAGCCAGCACUGUGUGGUGUUUGUCAAGUGUCAGGUACCAAAGUGCAAGAGUAAAACAUUCCUUAAAAUCA